UUAUGGGCUGGCGGCGGGGCAUCAGCUGAGGGGUGCGCUCCUCUUUGCGCUGCAGCGGCCGCGAGUCGGACAGAGACAGACAGCGGACACUAUGGAGCUGUCUGCCGUGGGCGAGAGGGUUUUCGCCGCUGAAUCUCUCCUCAAGCGACGCAUCAGGAAAGGUCAAGUCGAGUACCUGGUGAAAUGGAAGGGCUGGUCUCCCAAGUACAGUACGUGGGAGCCAGAAGAAAAUAUCCUGGACGCCCGGCUGAUAUCAGCCUUUGACGAGAGAGAACGAGAAAGAGAAAUAUAUGGGCCAAAAAAGCGUGGACCCAAACCGAAAACGUUCCUUCUGAAGGCAAAGGCGAAAACCUACGCCUUCCGCAGUGAUGUGGCGAGAGGUCUGAGGAUGACCUACCCAAGCAGAUCUGGUCAAGAAUCCGGCUUCACCUCCACCAGGUCCAGAGAGGGUCUUCGGAGGGACCCCGCCACAACUUUGCAGCACAACGCUCUUUCCAGGGGCGAGACUUCUAAAGACAGGAAUACCAGAGUGGAGGAGCUUCCGAGAACUCACCAGAAAACCGAGUCACACAAACACAGGGGAGAAUGUGGUUCCAGGAAAAAGGGGUCGAAACACAGCAAAGUGGACUACAAGGACAACCGAGUCCUGGGGACAUGUUCUCCCAAAAUGAGUGCAGCGAGUGAACUUGAAGGAGGGAUGCCGACAUACCCUCAUUUUAAACGAAGGAAAUCCGAGGAGCCCGAUUCUGGGAGUGACGAGCUGGAAGGGAAGGUGGAAAGCGGACUACUACGCUUGGCUGGAAGGCAGGAAGCAAAGCUGGGCGGUGCAGCCAGAACGCACCUGAAUCGCGCGUCGCUGGGCUACAGCGAUGGUACAUACGGUGCAGACUCGCACCCUCUUCGGACUAACCAAGCCGUGGAAAGUACAGUUUCCAAGAAUGAACCAGGGGUGGAUGCACCCCCACAUAAAAGUAAGCACCUACCCGAGGGCCCGGUGCCACGGAAUAGCGUCAGUGACAGACCUGUUUCAAAGCCCCCCUUGCUGGCUACACACCAAGUGUCCCGAUUUCUGUCGGAACCAGAAGAGUCCUGGAGCCCCUCCCUGAACAAUUUGGAAAAGGUGGUAGUCACGGAUGUCACCUCAAACUUCCUGACUGUUACCAUCAAAGAAAGCAGCACGGACGAAGGGUUCUUUAAAGAAAAAGUUUAAUAAAACUCGUUGACUUUUAUCAGUCGCAAUGUCACUGAAUCAUUUGGGAAUUGUUUUUUUUUGGUCUGGGUUGUAUAUAGUUUCUUUUUAGCAGAUAAGGCUAAUCUUGGAUGAUUUAAAAACGAAGCCCCGGUUGCUUGGGCCUGUGUUGUAAGCUGCAUUUCAGUUGCAGUAACUUAAAACUUUUGAACGCUUUAAAGGCUAAAGUCGAACAGUCAACGUUUGACACUUGAUUUUGACCGAAGUGGUGUGUUUUGUUUUGGGGGGGAGGGAAGGGAGGGGAUGGGGUUACCAAUUGCAAUAGGGAGUGCUAAUCACCCACAUGAGCAAAUUGCCAAUCACCAUGGAUGGAAUAUUAUCUGUUUACUUGGACCAUUUCAUUUGUGGAACUGAUCGGAUUCUGAGCUUUGUUUAUUGCUGACAUGAACUAUCUUAUGACUAAAGUUGUAACUUAGCGGCAAAUAGUUUCGAAAUUGACUGCAGUGAAUAAGUUAACUGGGAACACCUGUCUCCUUAUUAUUAAUAAGGUUGAAAUUACUAAGAUUAUUUGUUCGUUUUAAUCUAAAUGCAUUUUUUAAAUGUAAUGCUGCCGAUUGCACUUUUUAAAAAUUUAUUUGAAACGAUAAUCAAAUGUCAUUUAUUGAAAAUCAAAUGUCAUUGAUUGAAGUGUUGUGUUGGAUACAGCAGAGGAGAGGUGCUGUGUUCCAAUUUCUGUUCUUAGUAAAGGCAUUUCAUCAGGAUGAUAUUUCCUGGUGCACACGGGAAUUCGGUUGUGAUGCUAAAACGUUGCUCAUAUUUGGAAAGAUUACAGAGAAUGUUUUUCCAGUCACUUUCGCCCAGCCCUCUUGUCAUAUCAGGCUUUGAAGUUGCCGAGGGAGUUACUCUCCCGUUUGCUGUAAGGUGCAAUCGCUUUGGGUGGAGCACCAGUCAAAACAUGUUUUUACACAAGUGUUGCAUAUCCAACAGUUGGCAUUAUACAGAGUAAAUGCUUUGUGGUAUUGGUACCUCACGUGAAGAGGCAUGAUUGUACUUUGAUAAGUGGCCAGAUAAUUUGGUUAUGUAAAGUAAUCAAACAAGUAUUAUCUUGUCUCCUUUAACCCCCUCCUUCCCCAUCCUCAAAUCUCCCAUCAGUACCAUCUUAUUAGACCUUUUUUGAUUGGCAUACUGUUUUAUAUUACUAAAAGUGGAUCUCUCCAGUAAAUUUGACUUUAUAAUUCCAAAGCAGAUCUGGCCAAGUUGACAUUGGCACAUGUUUAUUGUAUUCCACUGUGAGGUCACCAGUUUAUUUUUGAGAAGGAAGUCGGAACAAAGAAGAAACAACAGUCAAAUGAAUUCCUUGGGGGCAAAAUAUGUCCCUUGAGUGUUAUCGCCAUGACUGGUGGUUUACAGGGAUUAAGCCAUAGUGACUGUAGGCUGCAUCCUUUUGCUUGUUGAGAAACCCCAUAAUAUUUUCCAACAAUGUAGAAAAAGAUAACCUCCAGAAAGUGGCCUUGUUCUCCUAUUAUUAGAAGUUUUGCACUUCAACUACUUGGAGCUAUUCACUUUCUCCCAGGCUGGCUUUUUGUUAUAGUAUGUGUGUGCGUUAUGACAGAAGUACUAUUCCAAUAUGAAAUUUGAUUGCAGCAAGCCGAGCCAAAUCUUGUACUGGUUCCCACUGCAACAAUAAUUUUGUUUGGAAUCUUAACUGGAUCCAAAAAACAGUCUGAACUGGAUCAAACCACAAAGUACUGGAGGAACUCAGCAGGUCGGGCAGCACCUGUGGAGUGAAUGGCCUUGACCAGCUGACACAGACUGAGCUGGUUGUUCAACCUGUGGGUCAACAUAAUAUCACUAUGUUCAUUGGAGUAGGCAAAAAAAACCCCACCUGGCUCCUUGUCAAAUACAAGCGCUAUUGACGGACACAAAGUGCUGGAGGAACUCAGCGGGUCAAUCAAUAUUCCCUGGAGAACACUGAUAGGUUAUGUGUGGGGUCGAGACUCUUCUGACCCGCUGAUUUACUCCAACACUUUGUGUCCGUUAGUGUCUUACCUCGCAUUUACAGUUUUUUUUUUGUUUCUACAAGGCCUAUAGAAAACUCGGUAGUCAUUGUGUUUGCACCAUUUGUAGUAAUUUCAUGAACGAAUUUCUUGACGUAAUUUCUUUAAAGCUAAUCCAGUCACUUUAAAAUGGGAAGGAAAAUCCAAGAAAUAAGACCGAUGUAUCAAUUUAACGUUCUAAUCGCAUAGCUGGGUAUGAUUUUUUCAAUUAGAGUAUGGAACCUGAUUGUGUAGAUAGAAAUCGUUAAGAAGGUAUUCGUGGCUUGUUGUUAGUCGUCAUCUAUUUAAGAAUUUCUUGAAGGGUGUUAAACUAUGUGAAACCCACUAACCCUACCACAAGUAUCUACUCCGUGUAUGCCGGUGGCGCGCCAGGCAUAGCCAGUAGGGAAGUUACACCUGAUAAAAUACAGACACUUGCCAAAAUGUACCAAAGGAAACGUCCUAACUACAAGAAUGGAAUUAGACUUGCGAAAUCAGGUGACAAAUACAUGGACAGCUAUAUGUACAGCUUUGGCGAAUUAUCAAAGGACGCCGCUACGUGCCUUUGGAAGUUGUGUAAAAUUCCAGUGUGCACUUGCGUAUCAUCGUGACAUGCAGGAUGCUCUGCAUUUUGAAAUAAAUUUAACAUAAUAGAUUUAUUGUACUCUUAAUUGGACAUUGAAUGUUUUGGACUACAUAAACUUGAAGACACAGAGCCUGUUGCUGAAUGUAAUGUAAAUUAGUUUGUGCAGGCCGUGAUCAUAGGCUAUCAGUAUUGUCAGAUGUUGCAGAAAUUGUACAAUAUCCAUUAAUUUUAUCCUCCCAAAAUUGAAGUCGCCAAUAGGUUUUGGUGACACUUUGUAAAUUUGUCCUACAAAAUGUGGGGGGUGGGUGGAGGGGAGGAGAAGUAACGUUCAGGUGGCGCUGUAAGGUAUUCUUUGAGGAAGACAGUUGGUGGCUCUGAACGCAAUCAUAUAUAAACAUGAUUACAUUUCAACCUCGUUAUUAUGCAUCCGUAAAGUUCAUGUAAUUUUCUGUAAAUAUUAUUCAGAUGUCAAAGAUUGUUUCGAUUAUAAAAAAAAAAGAAUGUAUGGGAUUGUAACUAUUAAAUAUUUUAUGUAUUCUG